AUGAGUAGCAUCGCGUAUCAUGCGGAGCUGGAGACAGACUCAAACAGCCAUGAUGAACACAGCCCUCAUCCACUCGACGCUGCCAAUAUCACUGAUUCCUCGACACCCUUUGUUCGGGAGACCAAGGGGUUCACAUCGGUCAUCUCACCGAAACCUCCAAGUACGAACAAGCUUUCUUCUAUAGGAUGGUACACACCAGCCGUGAUCGUCGGGGGCUUCGUCGGAGCGAUGGUUAUCGCAAUUGCCAACUACAUCUACUUCUACGUGAUUGGCGGAGGAGGUGGGAGACCUAUCGACGAAGUCGGCAUAUCUCAGACAUGGAACAGUUUUUUCAUCCUAGUUCUUUCACGGGCCUUCUCAACUAUCCUGACAGCGUCCGCUUCAGCAGCAUUCGCGCAACUCCUGUGGUGGUAUCUACGCCGGAGGUCGCUUCCACUGGAGAAAGUGGAAGCCUUCUUCCAGCUGAACUUCGGUCCGCUUAACUUGUAUCAGCUCGGGAUAUUGAAACUAGUCCCCCUGUUGUGGUUCUUCGGAUUACUACUCCUACUGGUGCCAUUGUCAGCAUCACUUCCGGGCGGAAGCCUUGUCGUAGAGCAGGUUGCUCGGAACGCAACCAGUGCAGCAUCGAUCCCAGCUCUUGAUGUUGAUUUCCGCGGCAAUGGAUCAGCAGCCGACCUCUUCAAGUAUGUCAUGUUCAGUACAAUGCCCGAUGGCGAGUAUAAAAUGCCGAUCUUGGAGUACUCGGCCAUUGGCAAACGGUCUCUACUCGAAGGUGCCUAUCUCACUCGCACAUCACCUUGCGGAGUCAACUGCUCCUACGACCUCCAAUUUGCGGCUCCCUCCCUUCAAUGUAAGGACGUGAACCCUGUUUCAACAGCGAAAUUGUACUUCAACACGGACCUCAACGACACCUACGCGCAAAAUGGAUUCUAUCGAGCUUCUCAUUACCCCCACAAUCCUAACUUCAAGAGAGUCAACGAUCUGUAUGAAUUUGUCAUGAUCUGGGCCGGGAGUGAUGGGCAGCGGCAGAAUGCUACAUUGCGGGCGCUGAACUGCGUCGCAAUGGCGGCCACUUACAAUGCUCAUGUCAAUUACAUCAACUCCAUUCAGACUAUAACUGUGGGUAUAUCGAACGAGAAACCGCUGAAUGCAACAGCGUUGUUUUACCCCAACCUUUUCUACGGCGAGCAACAUGCCAAAGACGGUCCGAAUGGCAUCGAAUACAUAUACCCGACGUAUACUCAUACCAAAGACGAAUUGAACGUCUUAUUCAACGGCUGUCAGCUUCCCUCUAUGGUCGAAACCCUCACAGAGCCACUCAAGGGCGAUGCUGUUUAUCUCGGGACCGACGGUUACAACAGGAGCAGUUCUCUGAUUCAAGAGACGCCUCUCACGAGGGCAGCCUAUAACGAACAAACGAAGGACUACACGUACAUGGACUACAACCUGUCUCCAGACAUUCUUCGCGAUCUCAUGACCAAUGUCUCCCUCUCAAUAUUCAAUGACGGUCAACACUUGACUUCAACUUCCGUCACGACCGAAAUCUAUAGACUGAGUUACGUUUUCAAGCCCCCCUGGAGACUCAUUGCAGUGUAUGCCGCAGACUUGAUUGUCACUGCGAUCUUCUUGCUACUCGGCUUAAUUGUCAUGUUCCAGAACGGUGUCGCCGCGACUCCUGGAGGCUUCCUGCAGAUCUUGUGCACCACGACUCAUGAGCAUGGAACUUUGAAUCGGUUGGCGAGACAGGCUUGUUCUGGUGGCAAGGAGGGCAUGUCUGAGCAUUUAAAGAAGCUCAAGGUCAGGUUUGGGGAGAUUGUGGACAUGAAUGAGAAUUUGAGGUUCGCGGCAUUCGGAACGGAGGAAGAGACGAGCUUGUUGGUUAAUAAACGGGCGCAUGGUGGCAUGUAG